AUGGCCUCCUCGUCGCCUUCACCUUCGCUGACCCUCCGUCGCGCGGAGUUGGCCGAUGUUAAGGAAAUGGCUACGAUCUUUCCUCGUUCUUUCCACCCAAACUCUGAAUAUAUGCGAACUGCGAUACCUGAUACGCCUAUAGUGCAGACGUGGUGGGAAGCAGUACAUUCCUACAGCGUAUCGGCGCCUGAUGUAGCUUUGUACGUCGUGACUGCCUCUAAACACAAAGAGGAAGGAGAACAUAAGAAGGACAAGGAGGAGGAGGAGGAGGAGAUUAUUGCAUUAGCUCGGUGGAGGUUCUCCUCUUCGACCUGGGAUUCAGAGGUACCAUGUGCUGAGAUAUCGAGAGUCUCUGAGUCUACGACUCUCAAACCGACAGGCGAUCUAUCCGCAGGCACAUGGACUUUCCUCCCGCUCUCUCCGGACCAUAACGAAGUGUUAAGUAAAUCUUUCAUUGGUUUCAUGGCUUCCGCACGAAAAAACCACGUCUGUAACCGAGCUCAUAUCAUCAUCGAACUCGUUGCGUGUGCGCAUGAGUUUAAAGGCCUUGGAGCUGGUAGGAUUCUGGUUGAACAGUGUAUUCGAGAGGCAGAUCAGAGGGGUAUGGAGGUUUUUGUAGAAACGAAUGGACCGAUUGGGAAGUUUUAUGAGAAGUUUGGGUUUAUGGAGAGGGAGAGGGUGGGGAUGCCUGGGGGGAUGGGGUAUGAAGAGAUUAUUUUGGUGAGGCCGGUUUGGGGGAGGGCUGAGGAUGGGGAUUGA